AUGACGUCUUUUGUGGGGCCAGAGCUUCAGUCUCCAUCAUCAACCACCCAGGAUGAAUUUGGACUUUCACCCAGUGACCCUCCUCUCAGAGUUCCCAACCAGUCAUCACAUCUACCAUAUGGAACCACUAAUAAUACACAAAUUUCAGAAUUUCUUCUUCUGGGAUUAUCCAAUGAACCAGAACUUCAAUCCCUCAUAUUUGGGAUUUUUCUCUCUGUGUACCUGAUCACUGUGUUUGGAAACCUACUCAUCAUUCUGGCUGUUAGCUCAGACACCCACCUCCAUGCACCCAUGUACUUCUUCCUCUCCAACCUGUCCUUUGUAGACAUCUGUUUCACCUCCACCACCAUCCCAAAGGCACUGUGGAACAUCCAGACUCACAGCAAAGUCAUAACCUAUGAAGGCUGCAUCACCCAGAUGUAUUUUUUCUUAUUAUUUGGAGGAUUGGACAUGUACCUCCUGACCGUGAUGGCCUAUGACCGGUUUGUGGCCAUCUGUCACCCCCUGCACUACACAGUUAUCAUGAAUUCCUGGCUUUGUGUUCUCCUGGUUCUGUCAUCUUAUAUUGUAAGUUUCCUAUAUUCCUUGGUACAAAGCUUAAUGGUGGUGCAGCUGUCUUUCUGUCCAGGCAUGGAAAUACCCCACUAUUUCUGUGAACUCCAGCAGAUGGUCAAACUUGCCUGUUCUGACACCUUCAUCUGUGACACAGUGAUGUAUUUUGGAACUGUCCUGCUUGGUUGUGGGUCCCUUGCUGGUAUCCUUUACUCUUACUCUAAGAUAGUUCCCUCCAUAUGUGGGAUCUCAUCAGCUCAGGGAAAGUAUAAAGCAUUUUCCACAUGUGCAUCUCACCUCUCUGUUGUUUCCUUAUUUUAUUGUUCAGCCCUAGCAGUGUACCUUAUCUCUGCUGCUACCCACAGCUCACACUCAAGUGCAACAGCCUCAGUAAUGUACACUGUGGUCACACCCAUGCUGAACCCCUUCAUCUAUAGUCUCAGGAAUAAAGACAUAAAAGAAGCUCUGAAAAUGUUAUUUGGGAAGGAAAUUAUAAAAGGGAUAACUGUCCUGGGGCGGAAGAACUGCCAUUGA